CCUCUGUCCACAACUGUUUGUAAAUUGAUGUAAAUUGAAUUGUUUCACAUUUUAUCUUAUGUCUUGCUUUUGCAUGCACUGAAUCUUUUCUGAGAAGACAAGAAACAUGAUUGACACCUUCAAAAACUAUUCAGCCAUGAACUUCAAAGAGGACUGGAAACUGGUCACUGUCCUCAUUGGGAUAAAUUACAUUUGUGACUACUGCAAAAACAAGGUGGACCCACACACAAUCAGAGCUAGUGGCGUCUAUCAUCAGCGUGCUUUCCAGUGUGCCGACAUGAGCCCCUCGUCCUCCGUACCCACAUCAGUUGAGUUGGUGAAAGCCGCAGAUAUCAAGGUCAUUGCAGCACUGGGGGACUCACUGACAACUGGUGUUGCAGCCAAUGCGUCCAGCUUUGCGCAAGUGCCCAUUGAAUAUCGCCAACUUUCAUGGAGCAUCGGAGGACAGGGGACAUAUGACGAUGUUAUCACCCUUGCAAAUAUUGUGAAGCUCUUUAACCCAAAUGUGACCGGCCCUUCCCCUACGUUCAGUAUUACUGGAAAACCCACAACUCUGAGUCAGACUGGACUUAACCUGGCCGUUACCGGGGCCAACAGUGGUGACUUUCCUGUACAAGCAAGAAACCUGAUUGACACCUUGAAAAACUAUUCAGCCAUUAACUUCACAGACGACUGGAAGCUUGUCACUGUGCUGAUUGGAUCGAAUGAUAUUUGUGACUACUGCAAAAACAAAACACUCUACUCUGUGGAUAACUUCAUCAGUAACAUCAACCAGUCUCUGCACAUGAUGAUGGACGAGGUCCCACGGCUGAUUGUGAACGUUGUGCAAAUGUUCACCAUGGAGCCACUGAGACAAGUUCAGAAGCCAACAGAGGCCUGCCAGUUACAAAAAGUCUUCUGUUCUUGUUUGGCGUUACCAGCUGAGAACUCGACAGACCUGACAGAAAUUGUAGCACUCAACCGCGAGUUCCAGACUAAGCUAGAGGAACUCCUCAACUCCUCAACCUUCUUCAAGAAUGACUUCGCAGUGGUUCUUCAGCCCUACCUCUCCAGCACAGACCUACCCAAGUUACCUAAUGGCACGGUUGACUUCAGUUACUUUGCUCCUGACUGCUUCCAUUUCAGUGUCAAAGGCCAUGAGGAGAUGGCCAAAGGGUUGUGGAACAACAUGUUUCAACAGGAUGGUGAGAAAGUCCAGCUGGCCAACCUGACCACCUCUGUGACACUCAUCUGCCCUCCAACGGAUCACCCCUACAUACGCACAAGGCCAAGAGCUCUGAGCUCGGCUGCUCCAUGAGGACCUGCUUUUCCCCUUCUGACUCUCGUCACUUCCCUGGCUGUAGUAUUUGGACACUGAUACCUUGCAGUCAUGUCAUCAUGUUUCACCUGAUCCUGUAGGCCGUCUUGGUGUAAAUGUUACAAUGAAGCUGUAAAUAGAUUAGUCUAUUUAUUUAUAUCAUGAAAGUUGUUGUUUAUGAAUUAGUGUCUGCAGUGACCUUCUAGUGCCAGCAGAAGGCAGCAUCUCUCUUCUCCAGUUGACAUGACUGUGAUGUGAUACUCUUUGUGGACUGUACAACAGAAAUGUCACUGUACAGUUUAUGUACAUGUUAUAGCAUUUGUCAGACGCUUUCUUCCAAAGCGACUUACAAUAUGUAUAGUAUAAGUCUUCAUCAGUAAAGUAAGUAAGUACUGUACUAAGUACUUACUACUUCAUUAGUUAAUACAUCAGUUAUAAUAGUUUCAUUGUAUUACAGUACGUUGUGUUACAUUUAAAGUGUAAAUUAUUGACAUGUUAUACUGAUGACAAUAAAUAAGAUAUUCUAA